AUGACGUACCUGGCUCACUACGCCAACGCCCAGCUCGCUGCCCUCUGGAUGGGCUGCGUGGGCUGGACUUUCACCAUCAUGGCCCUCGGACUGGUCCAGUGGAGGGUCUGGAAGGUGCCUGACAAUGAGGUUAUCAGCUCCGGGGUGGCGUGGGUCGGUCUCUGGAGGGUCUGCUUCAACAGCUACACCGUAGUGACCCCUGGCUUCAAGCAUAUGUACUGCAGUUACAUCGAUUUGACUGAUGCCUACACGCCUCCGGAGAUCGCAUCAGGGCAGGUUCUCAUGCUCCUGUCGGUGGUGGUGGGGCUUUGUGGGAACGCUGGUGGGGUCUACACCCUGAGGAAUGUCUUCUUUGGGAUGGAUAAGAACUCGCCAAUCCGUUUAUUGUUCAUCACUGCUGGAUCUUUGUGUUUAACAGCAGCUGGGAUGUCACUAAUCCCUCUCUUGUGGACUCUGACCUCGGUGGUCAACAAUCAAACCAUUAAUUUCCCGCCUGAUUUCAAAAUGCCGAAAGAACCUGACUCUCAAAGCGUUGGCUGCGGCAUCGUGAUCGGGUUGGUGGGUGCAGUCCUGAUGGUGGUCUCUGGGGUUAAUUUUUGUAGAUACAGAUUACCAGAGAGGUCUCGUGCCAGUAUGCAACCAUCUCUGAGCCAUGAGGUGCAGCUGGACGGGUCGGCAGCUCAGGGGGCUUUAACGAGCUCCGGGGGCAUAAACAACCCGGCGUUUGAGUCUCAUGAACACGUAUGA